AUGAAUAGGGCAGCGCUAUGGAUUAUAAUUUUGGCAUUACUGGCUGACUGCGUCGCGUCUGUGACAACCUCCGUCGUUCCGGACUGCGCAGCAGCGGAACGCGUACUUUUGCCCAGCAAGCAGCCAUCCACUUCUGGCCCCUUGACCGACAUCGGAUUUUCCGGAAGCCCGGGAUUAGCCACAAUUUAUGUCAAUAGCCCCGGCAGCGGCGACAUCACAGUCAAGGUCAACUUCGCGCAAACCCACGAUCCAGGUCAACGAGCCUCUCCACCUGCGCUCCCACAAGCUUAUUGGGGACUGUUCACAGAGGAGCAGUACAUGCAAAAAUCGUAUGUGAGGACCGCAGGCGGCGCGAGUAAUAGCUCUUGGUCUUGCAACGAGCCUACCUUGUCUUCGAGCCAGCCUUUGUCCCUCGGGUCAUCCACCUUCAACGUCACGUACGGAAGAGAUCAACUUCGGAAGAUCGGCCUGAAGUCUUGUGUCGAGUCUAAGUUUGUCUUUGUGGCCGUUGUGGAGUCGUACGGCCUUGUACGGGAUGCGGACGGCACAGUACUGUACGACAGGAAUGAAGCCGUACAAAUGUCAGACCCCUUCCUGCGUGAUGAUGUCAUGAUCAGCUCCGCCGCUCAGCUGUCGUUCAAAGCAGAUGCCCCUGGAGUCGCCAGUUUGGACUUAUUUCUGGAUCUGCCCGCCGGUACGGAAGUGUACUGGCAGCUGUACAACGAGGAGUUGUACGACCAAGCCGUAUGGGUUACGGAUUACCUGACUGCGGAAGAGUACUGCAUGGGAAAUCCGUACUAUUCCAUCGAAGCUCGUCAGGUUUUGGACGCACCAGCAUCCCGUGUCAGCAUCCCCAUCUCCGCAUCCGACCUCCUCGCCCUGGGCCUCAGCCCCUGCUCCGACUUCGCCUUCAUCUUGGCGGUCCGCAUCCACCUUCCCUCGGGCGGGGACUACUACGUGGCCUGGGACUGGGGCGGAUGCAACCGGGAUGGAUCCGACCAGCUGUGGCCGCUGGCAAGGCUAGGACUGCACCACUGCCCGUGCCCAUCACCCCCCGAUGGCACCGCCCCCAACCACGGUCCUAUGCAAUCUCCGGCGUCCGGCUCCCCCUCGCCGCCUCAAGCCAUGAAGGACUGCUCUCUAGCCGAGAAGGUCUCCCUUCCGGGCGACGCAACGUUCAUCGCGGGGAACCUAACAGACCUCCAGAUCCGCGGAAGCAGCCCUGGCGUCGCCACGCUCUACACCAACACGCCCAACCUCGGUGACAUCACCUUCACCAUCUCCUUCGCGCAGACCGCUCCGUCCGGCAAUCGCACGACUGCUGCACCCGCGCCGCCAAAGGCCUCCUGGGGCUUAUUCUCCUCGGAGGAGUUCAUGCGGCUAUCGCUGCAAUUCGCUGCGACAAACCGAUCGGCGGAGGGUUUGGGAUCCGCGGGACCGAGUACCACCUGCACCGAGCCGAGCCUACCCUGGAGUCGUACCCUGGACGACCAGACGUCAUCGUUUAAUGUCACCAUGACCAGCUCAGAUCUCAGGCUCGCAGGGUUGCAGACAUGCUCCGAAACCCAGCUGGUGUUCAUGGCCCUAGUGGAAUCGUACGGACUCGUUCAAAGCGAUCUGCGGUGGGAGCUGUACCGGCAGUACGUGGCGUGGCAGACGCUGCAGGGGUGUGUGGAUGGCGGGAACGUCAGUUAUGCUGCGUUCUCGCUGUCGUACUGCCCCUGUGAGUCACCGCCGCCUCCGUCGCCAGCGCCAUUAGCUCCGCCAUCCCCGCCACCGCCUCCAUCCCCGCCGCCGCAGCCACCCCUGCCGCCGCGCCCACCUCAGCCGCCGCUGCCGCCGCUGUCCUGCGGCUCGGGCUUCACGUUCCUUAGCAACGGUGUUCCGGUGAAGGGCAUCACCUCCGAUGUACUGCUUGACGUACAGGGCGCCAUUAACAACUUCGAUUUCAGCUCGACGGAUUACCUCAACGCCAGCUCCGCCGCUCGUCUCUCUGUGAAGCCCAAUGCGCCUGGAAUCGCCACACUGGACUUAUUCCUGGACUUGCCUGCCGGUACGGAAGUGUACUGGCAGCUGUACAACAACGCCACGUACGAACAAGCCGUAUGGGUUACGGAUUACACGAUAGGGCAGGAGUACUGUCUCGGGAGUCCGUACAACGCGAUGUUCAGUCCUCGUGCUGUUCUCGACGCACCCACUGCCAAAUUCAGCAUCCCCAUCUCCGCAUCCGACCUCCUCGCCCUGGGCCUCAGCCCCUGCUCCGACUUCGCCUUCAUCUUGGCGGUCCGCAUCCACCUUCCCUCGGGCGGGGACUACUACGUGGCCUGGGACUGGGGCGGAUGCAACCGGGAUGGAUCCGACCAGCUGUGGCCGCUGGCAAGGCUAGGACUGCACUACUGCCCCUGCCCGCCGCCGCCAUCACCGCCUCCAAAGCCGCCGUCCCCGCCCUCUCCCUCACCGCCCCCUCGACCACCAACGCCGCCGUCUCCGUCUCCGCGCCCCCUGCCGCCGUCUCCACCCUCGCCUCCAAGGCCCAAGCCCUCGCCUCCCCCAGCUCCCCCAACUCCCCCAACCCCGCCCCCCAGGCUGCCACCGCCGUCUCCUCGGCCCCCAGCCUCUCCACCUCCCCCCCCCCCCUCCGCCUUCCCCGCCUUCACCAAGCCCGGGCCCCCAACCGCCAACCCCGCCGUCGCCACCUACAUCGUCUCCACCAUCCCCCCCUCCUUUCCCCUCUCCACCGCCAACUCCCUUCCCUCCAUCGCCUCCAUCGCCUCCAUCGCCUCCGCCUGCACUGCCCCCCUUACCUCCACCUUUUCCGCCGUCGCCCCCGUCUUUCCCCCCACCUUCACCGUCACCAUUCCCGCCACCCCCUUCCGCUUCGCCGCCGCCUCCUGCCCCAACCUCCGUGCCACCUUCGCCAACCCCACCUUCACCAUCUCCUCCGUCACCCAUCCCACCCUCGCUUACGAGGCCACCCCGGACCAAACCACCUCCGCACACUCCGCUGCAACCAACGGUGUCACACACCACCCAGCGGCAUCACCCACUCAUUCAGGUGCUACAUCGCCACCACCGCAGGGGGGAAUGAACGGCUACUGUGCGCGAGGCCACUGCUUUGGCCACCACGCAGGCGAGUACGACACCGCUCCAUUUUCCUCAGGACCACCACCGCCACAGGCGGGUGCGUUCUGUCACAGUAAGGCAAAGCCAUCUGCCGUCAUCAUCGUACCAUAUAAAUGCUGAAGCAGUCGGUCCCCAAGGUAAAGCAGAUGUCUCGCCCGCCAACAUUCCAUGUCACCGGACAGCUACUACUCCAUUUCUCUGCACCGACUGCUCAGCCCCUCCAAGCACAUCACUUGCACGCCUGCGGGACAUAAGGGCUGGCGCUCUAACCCCCAACUUGCCCCAAGGGGCUCAACCAAACCACGAGCCGCCACCGUAGCUCAAACAGUUCUCGGCGCCACGAACCUGCUGCCGUACGUAACAUCCGAAACCCAACUGUCGUAUCAUCGCCACACCCCACGCGCGACCCC